AUGUUGCGUAUUGGCGUCGACGUUGGAGGAACGAACACCGACGGUGUCCUCAUCGAUGUGACUCGUCUGCACGAGCCCACUCGCGGGGUACUCGCUCACUUCAAGGCGCCUACUACCCCGAACGUAUCGGACGGCAUUGAGAACGCCGUGCGCCAGGUCCUCACGAUCGCGUCCGUUCCUCCCGAGAAGGUCUCCUGUGUGAGCAUCGGGACCACUGCGUUCAUCAACGCUGUACUCGAGGCGGAUGCGAGGCGGCUUGCGAAAGUCGCCGUCGUCCGUAUCUCCGGUCCGUAUACGAGGCAGUGUCCCCCGUUCAUCGACUUUCCGCCGCCAUUGCGCGCUUUGACCGAGGGAUAUGUCGGUUACGUUGAUGGCGGGUUGGAGAUCGAUGGACGCGAGAUCAGACCACUCAAGGAGGAACAACUCAUCGAACAGUGCAAGCUGAUCAAAGAGAAGGGACUGAAGAACGUGGUGCUCUGCGGAGUCUACACUGCCUUGGACAGUGAGGGCAAACAUGAGAUCCAGGCGGCGAAGAUCAUGCAGCGCGAAUUGGGUCCGACGGUGAACAUAGUCUGCUCACGCGAUGUUGGUCAAGUUGGCUUCCUCGAGCGAGAGAACGCUACUAUCCUGAACGCUUCUAUUCUGACUUUCGCUCAACGCACGAUCCGCGGCUUCCAAGCGGCCAUGAAAGCGCUCAAUCUCUCCUGCCCGCUCUUCCUCACGCAGAACGACGGUACGCUGACCACCGCGGUCUCCGCGGCGCGCCUCCCGAUCCGCACCUUCGCCUCGGGGCCGACGAACUCCAUGCGCGGCGCGGCGUUCCUCGCGGGCCUGGACGAGCCCCGCGCAGGCGCGCAGCGUAAGUCGACCAUUGUCGCGGACAUCGGAGGGACGACGACGGACGUCGGUGUCCUCCUGCCGUCUGGCUUCCCGCGCCAGGCGGCGUCGUUCAUCGAGGUGGGCGGCGUGCGCACGAACUUCGCUAUGGCGGAUGUGCAGUCCAUCGCCCUCGGCGGAGGCUCGCUCGUCAAGUCGUAUGAGACACCGCAGGGCCUCCACGUUGCUGUCGGCCCGGAAUCGGUCGGGCAUUACCUCACUCGAGAUGCGAAGGUGUUCGGCGGUGACGUUCUGACGACCACGGACAUCGUCGUUGCUAGUGGUCGUGCGGAAGUGGGGACGAAAGACGCGGUAGCUGGUAUCAGCGCGGACAUCGUUGAGAAGGCCGUGGCAAACAUGAAGAAGCAGCUAGAGGGCAUCAUUGACAAGAUGAAGACCUCUCCUGAGGAUGUGACUGUACUGCUCGUGGGCGGUGGCAGUAUCAUCGCCCCGGAUCAUCUCGUGGGGGUAGGUGAGAUUCUACGUCCCCCGCACUACAGCGUGGCAAAUGCCGUUGGCGCGGCUAUGGCGAAAGUCGCUGGCGAGAUCGACACGAUCGAGCUUCUGCAGGGCAGAAGCAUACAUGACGUCAUAGACAACAUCAAGGCUCAGGCUAUCGACAAAGCGAUCAGAGCUGGCGCCGAUCCUGCCACCGUCAAGAUCGUCGAAGUAACCAACCUGCCGGUGCAAUAUGUGACUAACCAAGCGACCCGUAUCAUCGUCAAGGCGGCCGGUGACCUGGCUCCUGAGGCAGUCGCGUCUGUCAGCACACUUGACGACUCUCUGGAAGACCUUGGUGAAGACGACUACAAGGAAGGCGACAAGACAGCGUCUGGGGACGUCGCUGAGGCAGAAAGCAUCGACAUCGAGACAUAUAAGCCGACUAUCAGAGCGGACAGAUCGUGGGUCUUGUCUGAGCUCGAUCUCGAAUGGAUUGCGGAGGGAUGCGGCGUAAUGGGCACCGGCGGCGGAGGCUCGACCUACCCGCCCUUCCUCAUGGCCCGCCAGAAGAUGCGCGAUGGCAAGGAGAUCAUCGUCGUAGAUCCCGAGGACAUCCCGGAGGACGCGUGGUUCCUACGCUGCAUGUUUAUGGGAUCACCUAGUGUCUCAUCCGAGCGGCUGCAAGGCGGAACUGAGCUCCCGGCUGCAGUACGUGCCUUGACAACCUACAUGGGCCUCAAACUAGACGACGACGUCUUCGGCGUGAUCUCUGAUGAAAUUGGUGGCGGAAACGGGCUUGAACCCAUGAUCGUUGCAGCAACCAUGGGCAAGACCGUAUUAGAUGCCGAUCUCAUGGGUCGGGCGUACCCUAACCUGUACCAGACUCUUCCCGGCGCCUAUAACCUCCCAGGUGGGCUGUGGCCAUGCGCUAUCUCAGAUGCUAUUGGCAACACCGUUGUUCUGCCAAGUGCCAGCAAUAGAAUGUCUGUCGAGACAAUUUUGCGUACAAUCACUACCGAGUUGGGAUCUUCAAGCGGUUUGACCAUGCCGCCUCUCAAGCGCGUCACCUGUCAGGACUUCGGUAUCACCCAUAGUGUGUCUCAAGCAUGGCGCCUAGGACGUGCCGUCGCACUCUGUAGGAAGAACAAUGACUUGAAGGGUAUCCCUACCAAGAUCCUUGAGAUUCAGAAUGGUGCAUGUCUGUUCGUCGGCAAGGUCGUGGAUGUGUCCAGGGAAGUCCGCAAAGGCUUCACCUGGGGCUCGGUCACGAUAGCGCCCCUCAUGGAAGAGGAAGAAGAAAAUAAUUCUGCUUCUGGGAGUGCUCCUGCUCCGUAUGGUCCAGACGACCGCCUCGUCAUACCCUUCCAGAAUGAGAACCUGUACGCGUGCCUGGAGAAGGCAGAUGGCAGCAGUCAGAUUCUCGUGACCGUACCCGACUUGAUCACUGUGCUUGACUCACAGAAUGGUGCAGCACUCGGAACGCCUGACUAUCGCUACGGUCUGCGCGUCACUGUGAUAGCUAUGGCGGCGAGCCCUAAAUGGACGAGUACAACAGAAGGCUUGACCACUGGUGGUCCUUCCGCGUUUGGUUUGCACCAAGUGCAGUUCACGCCGAUCGCAAAGUACAAACCACCUCAGAGCGUCAUCUCUGAGUUCGCGUGA